UGGUUCUUAUCUUUUACUUUUAAGUUUUCUUGCAAAUUGGUCCACAUUGAUUUUUGUUGGAACAUGUGGUGAAGUGUUAGCAGGGCAGGCCGAGAUGUUCAGUUUGUUUGUUUUAUGUCUUUUCUGAUGUUGAAUGAUAUUCUGAGAUUUUGGCAGGUAUAUGUCUUUUAUCACUGCUCAGUCAGAGAAUGCAAAACAUCCUUGACAUAGUUUAUGUGCUCACUGGUCUUAACUGGGGUUUAAAAAAAACUGCAUGGAUGAAUAUUACAUGAACAUGCAUCAUCAAAAGAAAGCCUUCCUUGCAGCUUCUCUCCAGGGCUGCACUUGAAUGGAGGCGCUGGAAGGUACUGUAGCUCGGAAUAGAUUUUUAGAAAAAGACACGUCCCUACCAAGGUGGAACUUGUAAUUGUUUUGACAGAGCGCUUCAAUUUAACAAACAGACCGGAUGUAACUGCAUUAAAGGAAGACUGGUUGGAUGUUCCAAUAAAUAGCCUGCUUGGCACUAUUUUUCAUUUCUGGGCCAUUAAAUGAUUGCGGAUAACCUCUAAAUAGCUGAUGGUUAGCGUGAUUAGAGUGUGGGGUGAAAUUGCGCAUUUUCCUCCUUGCUGUGUCUGUUCACUGACCGGAAGGUGCUAAAGUAAAAGCGUACACUGUGCAGUUUCGCGUGGAUAUUGCACUUGGCUUUCUAGGGGGACCGACACCGACCGCAUUCACCACCAGCACACACCCCUCAGCACCAGUAAUGCAUCCCCGCGGCAAGGGCACGGACAACCCCUUGUUAGAGUCGUCUCGACUUUAGAAUGGUGAAGAAAUCUCUCAACGGUGGGGUUUACCCAACUCAAGCCGGAGAGAAGAAGCACAAAGUCGAGUUUGUUGGAUUGGACCCAGGGGCUCCUGAAUCCAGCCGGGAUGGGGCGUUGCUCAUUGCGGGUUCGGAAAGCACCAAGCGGAACAGCAUCCUCUGCAGACCGAGGUCCAGCAUCUGUGCCGGGAGACCCAGACCUUCAAAGAAAAAUGCCAGUUAUCGGAAACUACAGAAUUUCCUUUAUAAUGCGCUGGAAAGACCGCGGGGAUGGGCGUUCAUCUACCACGCUUAUGUAUUCCUCUUGGUGUUCUCCUGUCUCAUACUCUCAGUCUUUGCCACCAUAAGAGAGUUCAAGAAUAGCUCCGAGAGUGCCUUAUACAUCCUGGAAAUUGUGACCAUUGUGGUGUUUGGAGUGGAGUACAUCGUAAGGAUAUGGGCUGCUGGCUGCUGCUGUCGAUACAGAGGAUGGAGAGGGAGGCUCAAAUUUGCCAGAAAGCCUUUCUGCGUCAUAGACAUGAUGGUGCUGAUUGCCUCAGUGUCUGUACUGGCAGCUGGAUCUCAGGGCAAUGUUUUUGCCACCUCGGCCAUCAGGAGUUUGAGAUUCCUGCAGAUCCUGCGCAUGCUGCGUAUGGACCGCCGUGGAGGCACCUGGAAGCUACUCGGAUCUGUAGUUUAUGCCCACAGCAAGGAGCUCAUCACAGCGUGGUACAUAGGUUUCCUGUGCCUGAUCCUGGCCUCAUUCUUGGUCUACUCUGUGGAAAAGGAGACAAAUCAGGAGUUUGAGACCUAUGCUGAUGCUCUUUGGUGGGGACUGAUCACUCUCACCACCAUUGGCUAUGGAGAUAAGGUUCCUAAGAGCUGGUAUGGACGCUUGCUGGCAGCCACUUUCAGCAUGAUUGGGGUGGCCUUCUUUGCACUUCCUGCUGGCAUCCUGGGCUCUGGCUUUGCCCUCAAAGUCCAAGAGCAGCAUAGACAGAAGCAUUUUGAGAAGAGACGAAACCCUGCAGCAAGCCUCAUUCAGGCUGCUUGGAGGUUUUAUGCUACCAAUCUUUCCCGUACAGACCUGCUGUGUACUUGGGAUUUUUAUGAGCAGACUGUAGCUGUUCCAAUGUACAGAAUCAUUCCACCCCUGAAUCAGUUGGACCUGCUGAGGAAUCUAAAGGGAAAAUCAUUCAGGAAGGAGUCUCAGCCAGAAACCUCUCCAAGUAAUGAAAGCGCACACAAAGACAGACUUUGCGGGUGCUGUCCGAGAACCAUUAGUCGGAAGACCAGCGUGAAGGACAAGGCUUUAUUCAGUCCUUCGAAGGCUCCUGUGGCCAAGGGGAAGGCCCAGUCUCCGGGGGCAGAGGAGGGGGAGGCUGAGGCGAGUCCCAGCAAGGUCGCCAAGAGCUGGAGCUUCACCGAGAAGAGCCGAGGGUCAAAAGCCACCCUCAGAGUCCGUGGCAGCACCUCACGCCAAAACUCCGAUGUGCUGAUUGAAAUGCAGGACGAAGACUUUGGACUGAAGAGGUCUCCAGCAAUUGAAGGUUUAAUAAAGGCAAGCCUCCCAGGAGAGGAAAUUGGUGAUGAUAAGAGCUGCCACUGUGAGUUUCUCACUCAAGAAUUACCUCUGGGAUUGAAGGUUACAAUAAGGGCAAUCUGCAUCAUGAAGUUUCUGGUGUCAAAGAGGAGGUUCAAAGAGAGCUUGCGGCCUUAUGAUGUCAUGGAUGUGAUUGAGCAGUACUCUGCAGGCCACCUGGACAUGCUGUCUCGCAUUAAGAAUCUGCAGUCCAGAGUUGACCAGAUAGUUGGUAAAGGUCCUAAAGCUGAAGGAGAGGCUGCAGAGGACCAGAGCAUGAUGGGACGUCUGGUCAAAGUCGAAAAACAGGUGGUCUGUAUGGACAGAAAACUUGAUUUCCUGGUCCAUGUGUACGUGCAGCGUAUGGGCAUCCCCCGUUCUGAAACAGAGGCCUUUUUCAACUCCAAAGAGCCGUAUCCAGCCCCGCCUUACCACAGUCCAGAGGAGAGCAAGGAGGAGAAGGAGGGGAAAGAGGAGGUGAAGGAGGAAAAGGAAGUAAAAACAUGCUCACCUGCAGAUGUCCCAUGCUCUGAGGGGUCUUUGGAAAAGAAGGAUCCUUUACUGGGUCGUUCCAUGGUAAGAUCAGGUACUCCGUCUGGUAGCAACAGCCACCCCUCUACCUCCUGGCAGCAUCAGCUGCAGCACCCCAUCAGCCAGCCUGCUUGGAACAGCAGCGUAGCUAACACCCCUUCACCCGUCGGUGGUAGCUAUGAUCACUCACCCACCCUGUUCCGCCUUCCACCUCCACCUGCUCCGGUUCACGACCGCUCCUCGUCUGGCCCAGGUGGCAGCGGCAGAGAGAGUGGCUCCCAGAGCAGGAGACGCCAUAGGAGGCAGAGGUGUAACCAGGAUGCCACAGCUGUAGAGAGUGACACAUCCAUCUCCAUUCCAUCUGUUGAUCACGAGGAGCUGGAGCGCUCCUUCAGUGGCUUCAGCAUCUCCCAGGCCAAGGAGGACUUCUUUGGGCCUUCGUUCUUCACAGGCUCAGGUGGGGGUGUGGGAGCGGGGACUGAAGCUGGAGCUGCACCGUCGCUCUGUGCCAGGGUCAGACCCUUCAUAGCAGAGGGCGAAUCAGACACAGACUCUGACCUCUUCGCUCCCUCGCCUCUGUCCUUCACUGGAGAGGUCUCAGGCGGAGAGAGGGGAUGGCCAGGACUGAAGUAGGUCGGGGAGGACUGCUCUGCCUGGUGCUUCAGUUACCAGCAGGAGACCUUUCAUGAGACUGUGUAGCCAACUUGACUGACUGUUGUUGCUGAUGAUGCCCUCACAGCCUAUUUUUACCCUUUAUUUGACUCCUUUCACCCUUUAUCACCUUUUAUGUUUGCGAUGUGAUGCUUUACAAGCAAUGCUAACUUACACUUGCAUUGUAUUCAUCAUGGUCUUGUUUAAACUGAAAAAUAGCUGUUUAGGGACGUUGACAUUUUUAUUGUGUUUGUUAGUAAUGAAAGGUACAUGUGUGAGAUUGUGAUGUAUGGCACAUGAUUUUGCAUCAAACAUAUAAUUAACACUGAUUUGUAUCAAACAAAUUAGAAAACAUCACUGCAUUUCUGCCCUUCUGUUAAACACGGAUCACUUUGAAAACAGUUGGAGUUAGCAACACAAGAGUCUUAUCACGUGGUUAGCAUAGUUUCUUGAAAACCUCUAUACCUUUGAAUGACUUCAGGUGUUAUGAUGCCAAAAUCUUAGUUAUGAUAAUAAAUUUGAUUCUUGCAGAGUAAAAAAAAAGAAAAAAGCUUGCUUUUCAGCAUUAUUAAUUCAGCCUGGUGUUUACUGAUACCACAAAAGAACUCCCGUCACACUAUUGCAGAUACUUCCCCAUCAGUAAAUCAAUGAGCCUCCUGCAUGGCAUGUUAAAUGGUUGUUUUAAGGGCAGUGUUAAGCAGGUUCCAAAACCAAACAGCAGCAGCAAAAGUUAGCAGAACAGUUAGGGAUGUGUUUUGCUUUGAAAAGACAAACAGAGCUGUGAAUAGAACAUGAAACUGUGCAUGCAUGACUUGGUUUCAAGCUAAAAUGUGUUAUUUUUUUUAAAGAGCUCUGCUUGAAUUCCAAUCAUGUAGAUGCAGCCUGGAUUUGCUAAUUUUAAUUGCUCUUCUUUUCUGGACAAAUUAAAGGAUGUACCCAUCAAAUACAAAGCCACAUUCUGUUUAAUGCCACAUACUAAAUGUAUGGAAACAAUAUGGGCUCAGAGGACAGUAGUGCAUACAUUUUGUAUUGUCACAAACGCGCAGCAUUAUGGCAAGUAGGACCAAGUGCAUCAUAAGAGACACUUAUUACUCAGACAUGGUAUUUAGCCUGCAAUGCAUUGGUCAGUCAUUUAGAUUCUAUGCUGCUAUGUCAGCUCUGCACCAAAUGAGAAAAUGCAAUAAAAUUCAAGCAAGACACUCAAGUAUCAUCUUUUACAAUCGUGAACAUGGCCUUAUUUUUUCACAUCAAAAUCCAUUUAGGUAAUUAGUUAAACAAAUCAACAGUUUUGUUCUUAACAUUUCAUAAAAGUAAUGUGAAUACAUUCUGAAGUGUCAUUCAGGAGGUUUUGUGGCCUGAGAGCGGAAUGCUAAAAGGCUAAAAUGGGAGUCACAGGGACAUGUGACACAUGAGCAGUCGUUGUAGAAACCAACUACAGUCACAGCAAAUCAGCUUUGACAUUUUAACAUUAACACUAAAACAGCAGACUGUUCACACACAAUCCAUAUUUUUCAAAAAAGAAGAAACAAACUGCUGGCAUGUUUUCUACAACCCAGAGAAAGGGACUGUGCAGUUUCACAUCAUGCAGUAACCAGUUCAGCACACGUCAUGUAACUGCACCUUCUUCUAACACUUCUUCAACAAUAAAACUUUGUACAUGACUGAAAGUCAUCUCUUUGGCCUUCUUUGUAAUGCAUUGUACCAGUAAAGCAAUGUCACAUGUUGAGCAGUGAAACGUGUUAGCAGUAUGAUGUAAUAGUGGCCACGUUUCACUAGAUGGCAGGCAAGACCCUCAUUUGAGUUGUAGGUUGUUGAAAUGUGUGAGGUUGAAGCAUGGGGUGCCCAUUUUCUAGAGACAGUAGCCACUGUAGCAAAUUUUCUCCAAACGAAUGUGUCUUUACUCUGCGAGAUCACUUUGUAACCCUUUCCAGCUGAUACAUAAGUCUUCUGAGAUCUCUGUUUUGUGAAGCAUGGUGCCCAUCAGCAGGAGAUGCUUUUUGCUAAUACUGUAGCAAACUCAAAAUGUUUGAAUGUUUUUUGUUUGUUUUUUUUAAGCCAGAGUAGGUCUAUCUCACACUCUCAGUGUUGUUUGAUUGAAUGGAUGCCAGGUUUGCUAACUCCUGAUUCCAUUUAGCUGUCAUUAGGAUGUGCACAUUGGUGCGGUGGUUAGCACUGUCAACUCAGAACAAGAAGGUUCUGGGUUACAAUCUGCUAACUGGCUCAGGCCUUCCUAUGUGGAGUUUCAGAUUGUGAUACCUGCAAAAGCUUCCCACAUGAUUUUGGAUUGGAAAAGGUUUGUUCUCAUUGAGCCACAUGAGCAUUAGGGAGCUCUGCUACUAACAUGGGCAAUAAGCUUCACACACAGUUUUACAGGUUCAUUCCAAAGGUGUUGGUUAUGGUUGAGUUCCAGGCUCUGUGCAGACCAGUCAAGUUCCUCUGUACCAAACUUCAAAAGUCAUUUCUUUUCAAACCUUGCUAAGUAAAAGCCCACCCUCAAAAUGCUGCAACAGAGUUGGAAGCACUUUAUUAAUCUAUGGUAUUAUUGUGUGCUUUCUAAGUUUUUUCAGUUUACUAUGACCUGGAUGACUGAGAAUCUGCACAGACAUAUUGUGUGCUAUGACAUUAAGUUUUCCUUUAAUUGAUACUAAGGGGCCUAACGUAAAGUAAUAAAAAAAGGCCCUAAGCUAAAGGUCCACAAAAGCAUGUGGCCUGUCCACAUGUAAAUUAAGCUGUUGCGACUCUGUUUGUCUGUAUUCAUCAUUGUGUCAGCGAAUUUGUUAAGUGUUUUGAUGCCAGGACUUGGGUUGGGUGAUUCAAACAGGAACUGAUUGGCUCAUUAAUAAAAGUCAAAUGAUGGUGACACAACACCUAAGGCUUAUUUACUCUCUGUAGCACCUGGAAUAUUUAAGCUGUCUUUACCACCCAUAGCACAGACCAGAGGACAAACAACCAGCAGAGACAACGAUCUGAGACUGAAUUUCUACUGCAGUGAAUAUCUCUGCUUGGAAUAAAAAAAGUACAACAACAAUGUACCAAGAACAGACCCAGAGUUUUGCUGUGAAAAAUUGGAAUGUUUCCACAGGGUUGCUACUUUUUUGCAUGAGUGCAGUGAUUAUGCCAUUCAGUUUGUUUGAUCAGUCUACAAAAUGACAUUUAUUCAAAAAUGACAGCUUUGUGUUUAAAUUGUGCCAUUAGACAGAAGUGGGCCACUGACCCUUUGCUAAUGAAUAAUAAGAGUCAAUCAUUAGGGGCAUAAAAAAAACAAUGUUCUGUAUCCAUUUUCAUAAUGGUUUAUGUGCUGACAUGUUUCACAGCUGAGUACAAUGUCAGGAGUGCAAUAAAAAUGUAGUUUCCCCAGUAGCCUCACUGUGCUCAUUAAAUC